AUGGUGAGAACCCCUUGUUGCGACAAAGAUGGACUCAAGAAAGGAUCAUGGACACAGGAGGAAGACAACAAGUUGAUCGCUUAUGUCACCAGGUAUGGUCACUGGAAUUGGCGCCUGCUCCCCAAGUUUGCAGGUCUUGCAAGGUGUGGGAAGAGUUGCAGACUGAGAUGGCUGAACUAUCUAAGGCCAGAUGUGAAAAGAGGGAAUUUUAGUGACGAGGAAGAAGAAACCAUUGUGAGACUUCACGAAAAGCUCGGUAAUAGGUGGUCAACAAUUGCUGCUGAAUUGCCAGGGAGGACUGAUAACGAGAUAAAAAACCACUGGCACACCGUCCUCAAGAAGCGAUUUCAACAAAAACCUGUGGCCAAACGCGGAAAUGAAAAAGAAGCCGCUAUUUCCAAAUCAAUGGAGACCUUAUACAGUGACCACAACACAACAAGUGAUGCUUCUGCUGCUGCUGCUGCUUCUGCUGCAGCAGCAACCGCCACAAAUCAUCAAAGUUAUGAUGAUCUUUCUGUCUUGGAUGCAUACACGGAGCCUGUGUCUGCAGAUUUCUGGACAGAACCUUAUUUACUUGACAACUCCUAUGUCCCACCCGAGUCUGAACCUGUUUACCUCAGUCCUAUGUACGAUGUACAACUUUGGAACCAGAAUGAGCUGUUCCUGCAGGAAUGUGAGGGUUUUUUCCAAUGGUGAGAACCUUUCCGUGCCACAUGGGACUUCUAAGUUCUACCCUGCUUCUACUCUUUAUGUGUGAUUAUGUGUGAUUGUAACUAUAUUUGGUGUUUAGAAUAAGAGAAGGAACAGUGGUGCGUAAAUAGUUUUAGUUCAACAUCUCCAUCACUAUAAUUUAGAUCCAUGUACAGAGAGAGAGAGUUUGGGUUUGUCUUUGAUAUUGCACAUGCUAAGAUCUAAGUAUAAUGAGAUCUUCAUAUCAACACUAGUAAGACCCGGAAGUUACUCUUUGUACCUUUCCGUUGGACCCAGCUCAGAGAUUUUUCCCAAUCUGUUAGUUAUAUGAAAAGAAAAAUGUAUCAUAAAUAUUCAAGAUGCUAAAUAGAAAAAAAAAU